AUGAUACCUUUCGUUUUUAUACUCACAUUAUCGCCAAUAAUUUCUGCUCAAUGUUUUGUUGCAGACCCAUAUAAUCCAAGAAAUCUAACACAUAGAAAUUGUGACAUGAUUACGGAGCAGCCAAAAAAGAACAAUUUGAAUGCGGCAAUAAAAAAUGAUACCAUGUUCGACAUAACAUUGACUUGUAAUGCUAAUGACACUAUAUGCAACAAAGUCAAAAUUGCUUUUGAUACUGCUGCUCAAAUAAUUUCAUCAACGUUUAUCCUAAAUAGUCGAAUUUCUCUUAAUGCUUCUUUUAUAUCAUUCUGUAAUGGUGUUCCAAAUUGUCGUAAUGCGAUCGUUUUAGGUCAAGCUGCGCCAUCAAGUUGGAUAUUAUUGCAAGACGACGAUAAUACCCAACGAUUAUACCCCCAAGCAUUGGUCAAACAAUUCCAAUUUCCUACUCACCCAGCAUAUACCAGCUACGAUAUAUUCGCCAUGUUUAAUUCUGAUAUACCGUAUUGGUUCGCCAGUGACCCUCCGAUAAGACCCGAUCAAUAUGACUUUCUGUAUGUAAUGCUUCACGAGUUAAUUCAUGGUCUUGGUUUUGGUUCUAGUUGGGAAGAAUACUUACCUGGCUUAGUGACUCCAAUGCCAGCCAUAAAUCCGCUAAGUUCCACUAAAUUCGAUUUAUACUCGUCAGACCCUCAGGCCAAUGAUAAAGUGAAAUUUUAUGAAUGGGCGUUCGAUAAGUACAUGAUAUUCAUUAACGGCACAAAAACCUCAAGUCUUACCAUUCAAUUGAAUAAGUUUUUCUCGGGACGUUCUGGGACCCAGGCUGAUUUUGAUAAUAAUUUUGAUAAAUCCAAUCAGUACUCCCUAGCAAGAAAUAUGUAUUUAAUAUCGCAGACUCCAAAUUCUUUAGCGUUUAUGCCUCAAGGAUCUACAAAUCCAAGUGACUCAUUGAUAUUAGAAACUUCUUUUAGACCUUUCAGGCAAGGCUCUAGCAUUAGUCAUGUAGAUGCGGCAACUUACAUGAAUACUUCAGACUUUCUUAUGAGGGCGCAGGCUAGAAAUGGAACAACUAUUAAUAUGCUGACUGGGAAUUUUAGUUAUGGGAGCGGCAUUGGUCCUAUAUUGAAAAAAACAAUGGAAACCAUGGGGUAUACAAGUUUAGACAAUCCAAAUCCGUAUAGACCUUCAAUAAUAGAUCCGAGUACUUUAACUAGUUCAUCAAAUACAAUAAAACCUUAUCGUUUAAGGCUUGAUAUUGGUCUUAUAAUUACAAUAAUAACAACGUUAGUGCUUUAUAUAUUGCCAAAAGAAAUGGCAUAG